AUGAACACGUGGGAGGCAGCCUCAGCAACAGCAGCAGCACCAGCAGCAGCAGGUGGUGCUGCUGCUGGUGUUGGUUCCGGAUUUCCACAGCGUUUGCAGACGGUAUUUAGACAGCAGCAGCUCGCAGGCGAGGGGUCGCCAGCAGCACGUUGCUGCUUUUCUUUUCUUGGGGGCCCUUCGUUCAAUCCUGGCACAUCUGCUCCUCUCAUUUCAAGGUGCAACGGCAACACCAGUACCAGCAGCAGCUACAGCAAUUGCAGCAGCAGCAGCAGCCUAGCAUCAUUGCUGUCUGCAGGAUCAUUUGGAUCCCUCCCUUCCAAGAGGAUUGAAAGUCCCUUGAAUAUUUGCGGGUUUCUCUCUUCCUCGUCUUGUUGCUUGGCCCCCGCUGCUGAUAGAACGAGCGUAGCUCGAGGCCAUUUAGCUGCAGCAGCAAAAGCAGCAGCAGCAGCAGCAGCUGCUGCUGCUGCGGGGGGCGGUGCAGCAUCAUCCAUACCCGAUGCAGACGCAGACCCAGGCGCAGAUACAGAUGGAGGUGCAGCAGCAGCAGCAGCAGCAGCAGUCUUAUCGAAGAUUGAAUCUCAACUGGAGUCCUUGGAGCCUUCAGCAGCAGACGGAUCUCCGCAGACACCUUCGGGUGUAUACGGAGCUGAUGCAGUGCAGCAGGCUACAGCAGCACUGCAGACCCUCACAACUUUGCUGCUGCAGAUGCUGCAGUGGCGCUCUAUCCCUGCUGCUCUCCUCUCAUCUUCUCAUUCAAUUCUGCUGCGCUCUACGGCUGUCUUUCACCAGGGGAUUCCUGCAGAUAAUCGCAGUACCCAAAGCAUAGGGGGCCCCCAAGGGGGCCCCCUAAAGGGGGAGGCCCCUGUAGAACGUCCGUAUAGUGAGAGGCCCAGCCCUAGCAGCAAAGAGCUGCUGCUGCUUCAGAGCGAGUGGCAUAUAGCCAGCGCUUAUGUCGAGGCGCUGCAGCAGCUGCAGCGGCAGCAGCAGCAACAGAAGAAGCUGCUGCAGUUGCUGCUGCAGCGUAAAGCAGGUGACACGACAUCUGCACGCAUGCUAGCUGACGAUCUUGUGCUGCUGCAGCAGCAGCGGCGUCAGUGUCUCUCUAAUCUUGCUGCUAGGGUCAUCUCCAUGAAAUCCAAGACAGACGAAGCACAGCAGCAGCAGCAGCAGCAACAUCAGCAGCAGGUGCCAUGGGAUAUUGCUGCCAUCCAGAGCAUCCAUGGCGUGUCUACUGCAGAGGUAGCAGCAGCUGCUGCGGCACUGCUGCAGCAGGGAGUGUCUACUAGAGUGGUGCUGCAUGUGGCAUCCUCCUUGAUGGGUGGUUCCUCGGGUGUACGUACACCUGAAGAGUCCCUCGCUUGCCCUUCACCGCAGUCUCCUGCAGAGACAGACACCAGCAAGGACGAUACUGUACCUGCAGAAACAGCAGCAGCAGCAGAAGCAACAGCAAGAGCAGCAGGGGCUUGCACCCCUAACCUUGGCGCAGCAACACAUCUACUGUUGGCCCGCGCCUUUGCUAAUGAAGGCCACAGCAGCCAAGCACACCAGCAGCUCCUCAAGGGUUUCAGGGGCCCCCAAGAAAGGUGGCCCCCUACUGCUGCAGCUGGUACCGUCAGCGAGACGCUUCCUGCUAAGGGGGCCCCACUAGGCGGCAGUGAGGCCCUCGAAGAGGGCCUGCAGCGAGAGGCAGUGGCUGCUGCACUUGCUGUGGCUACAGCAGCAAUGAAGGAUGGAGAGCUAGAAAGGGCCUGCGCUGCCAUGCAGCUGCUGCCUGUCUCCGUCUCCAUUCGUUUUGCCCGAGCUGUGCUGCCUGUCUCUCUAGAGCUGUCGCGACGCCUGUUGGCUGCUGGGGGCCCCUCUGGGGGCCCCUCUAAUGAGGUUGCUGCGCAGCAAGUUGUUGCUUCUGCGGCAAUUGCAGGGGAGGCGCUGCUGCAGGGAGAGGGUGCAGAAGAGACAGCAGCAGCAGCAGUGCUGCAGAGUCAACAUGCUGCGGUUAGAUGGGCAUUGCUGGCUGAGGGUGGUGCUGUUGUAUCUGCUGCUGCAUACAACCUACUAGACCGGGUGUACGUACACCUGAAGCGUCUUCUAUCUGAGCGUGCGCCUCCACUGGAUCUGUCGCCACAGCAGCAGCAGCUCUUUGUUGCCUCUGUGGAGGCCCUCUUUGCACGGGGGCCUGUGCAACAGCAGCAAGGACAGGAGCUGCUGUCUCUUGCUCUUGCUGCUGGUGGUGCUGCAGCAGCAGCAGACACGGGGACAGAGGGGGGGAAAGAGCAAGAAGAGGAAGAUAAACAGGAAGAAAAGAUAACAACACAGACACCGAGGGGAGACGCAGCAGCAGACAGGCAAGGAAGCUUAGAGACCCGUCUCCUUGCCGCUGCGUUUAGAGGGCUUGGGGCUGCUGCACAACCACUGUUGAGAACAGCAGCAGCAGCAGCAGCAGCAGCAUCACCAACAGGCGCCCCAGAUGCACCCACCGCUGAAACGGCUGGAGAAACAACGGCAGAAACAGCAACAGAAGCAGCAGCAACAGAAGCAGCAGCAACCGCAGGAUCAACAGGAGCUCAAGCAGCAGCAACAACAACAACAGCAACAACAGCAGCAGAAGCAGCACGUUUGCUGCGGCUAACGCGUUGGCUGCAGUCUCUGGCGUCAACGUCAGCAGGCAAGUUGCCCUAUGAGGCAGCAAUUAGUGUAGGAGAUGUGUUGCAUGCAGCGUCUCUUUUAGGUGUAUCUAUUGAGGAGACAGUCCCUGCUGCUGCUGCUGCUACUGCAAGCCCUCCUAUCCUUGCCUCCUCGCAGCACAGAGCACAAGUAUCGAGAGUAGCAGCAGCUGUAACAGGAACAGCAAUAGCAAUGCAGCAGCAGCAGAAGAAGCAGCAGCAGCAGCAGAAGGAACGACAGAAGAGCAUGGAGACGAGCAAUCAGGACACACAGGUAGUUGUAGAGAGACAGCAGCAGCUGCUAUGGAUGCUGCGGCGGCAGCAGCAAAAGGGUGAUGCAGCAGCAGCACUGCUGCUGCUGAAGACGCAUGUGGAUCUUGCUGCAGCAGCAGAUGCAGCACUGGAUAAUGCAGCAAAGGGACAAGGAUAUAAUAAAGAAAAAGACACCAAUAAAGACAGCCACCAAGACACAGAAAAAUAUUCAUUAUCUAAUUCUAUUAAGGCUGCAUUUGCUGCUAGGCCUAGCAUGGAGUGCUUCUUUGCAGCAGCAGCAGCUGCAGCAGUAGCAGCAAAUCCAGAGGCAGCAUUUGAGGCUGCUGCGCUGCAGCAGCAGUAUAACGGCAGCAGAUGGGUAAAGACAUGCGAUGCAGUAAUAAAGGCUUCUGUUGCUGCUGUCUCCUCUCUCUCUCCCUCUUCUUUAAUUGCUUCUUCCUCCCUUGCUGCUUCUGCCGCUGCUGCUGCCCCGUCUCCUCCCUCUGUCUCCUCUGCGGCCUCUGCUGCUCCUGCUGCCGCUGCUGAUGUCCCGGCAGCGCAGCGGAUUGCCUCAGCAGCAUUUGGGGUGUACAGGCAGCUGCAUUCACAAGGCCCCUUCCCCAGCUAUACAACCUUUCUAUUGACGGCCCGCCUCCUUUCCGCAUUCACAGCAGCUGUUGCUGCUGCUCCUUCUUCUGGGGGAACAGCAACAGCAGCGACAGGAGGAGCAGCAGCAGCAGCAACCAGUGAGACAAAGAGCCCUCUAGCUAAUGAAGACAAGCCUGUCUUGCUGCAGUCUGCCCAAGAUGCAGCAGCAGCAGCCGUGUCCCUCGCCAAUGAGUACACAGACUCUCUUCUUAGGGGCCCUCUCCGUGCCAAAGCGCUCUACAUGGCCCGCGUGCAGCAGCAGCAGCAACAACAACAACAGCAGCAGCAACAGCAGCAGCAACAGGAACCAGAUAUUCUACAUAUUCGUGAUCAGAUACUGCAGCAAUAUACCCCUUGGGUACACGGAGAGGGCAUGCGUGUCUUGCUGCUGCAGCACGAAUUUAGGGGGGCCCUCUGUCUCUUAGAUGAAUUACUUAGCAUGAGGCAGCGGCUGCAUCAUGACUUGCACACACUGCAGCAGAAGCAGCAACAGCAACAGCAACAGCAGCAACAGCAACAGCAGCAACAGCAGCAGCAGCAACAGCAGCAGGUACAGGAGGAGCUGCUGCUUCCUGAGCUGCCUGCAGGACUGUUAGAUUUAGCACUACGAGCGUUAGAGGGCGCAAGACUAAUGGGGGUGUCUCCUCCAUGGGCAUCAAGUGUCUCCUUCUCUGUUGCUCCUCCUCCUCCUCCUCCUUCUUCUUCUUCUGUUAAUUAUGUGUCUCCUUAUUCUGCUGCUGCCCCCUUAAUCUCCCCUCUGUCUCCUCGUGGUGGCCCCGUUAAGCUAAGGAGACACCUGCUAGGGCUAGCUAAGGGGAGACUACGAGCAGCACAGCAACUAGAGCGCUAUCUAAGGACAAGAGAGCCAACUCCCUCCUGUCUCCUUUAUAAGGAGACAACAGACCAAGUAGGUACAGGCAAUAGAGACAUCAAGGGGCACAGGGGCCCCUAG